AUGAAACGCGAUGGUCUACGACUGAGGCUUAGUGGCACUUUCUCUGGCAGUCUGUCCGUCUCGGAUGAUGAGAGCAAGGUCAGGAAGGCGAAAAGUAGUGUAGAUGAUGACAAUAUGCUGCCACGUGUCAUCUCGUCGGCUACGGACACACGAACGCACGUGGUUGUGGAGUUGUAUGAAACGGAGAAAUCAUACGUUGAGGCGGUGGAAAUAUUAGUCAAGAAGUACCUUCAUCCACUGAAGAGCCCAGAGAAUGCAGGUCUUCUUGACGCGUUUGUGGUGGAUGAGAUUUUCUAUCAAGUUCCAGCAAUACUGAAUGUCCAUCAAGAGUUCUUGGAAAAGCUCCGGAGGAGGCUGGAACAAUGGGAUCUGCAGCAGAAAGUUGGAGAUGUGUUUUUAGAUGUAUUUACCAAACCCACCGUAAUGGACACUUAUAUGUCCUUUAUAAGCAAUUUGAAGAAGGCUAAAGAGACGAUAAAGACGGCGGCAUCGUCCCGUCCCGCUUUCGCAAAGUUCCUUGACGCUAUGGCCAGAGACCACAAGGGCAAGUUAUCUCUGGACAACUUACUCAUCAAACCCGUACAGAAGUUCCCAAGCUACAAGCUCUUAAUACAGCGGCUAAUCAAACAUACAGAUCAGUCACACCCCGACCACAAAUUGCUUCUCGAUGCUCAAAAGGAGAUCCAUAAUCUCCUUGAGCUUAUAAACUGUACGGAGCGAGAAAGUCUAGAACUUGAGAUGCAACAGCAAAGUCUACGCGAAUUGGAGUCUAUGAUCGAAGGAUUAUCAAAUCUUGUGACAUCAGAUAGGAUAUUUAUCCGACAUGAGACUGUGACUAUACCAUCGGCUCAGGGAACCAUAAAGGAUAGAGCCCUGUUUUUAUUCAAUGAUACAUUGUUGAUUACCAGCGUAAAGAGACGCACUGGGACUAUAAAGAAACCAAUUCCAACUUACCAAAGCAGUAUAGCGAGUCAAAUGGAGGGGAACAAGUACAAGCUGCUAAUGCGAAUUAACUUGGCUGAUCUCGAAAUCGUUAAAUCCAAAGAUGAGAACCUACGUCGAAUAAUGCACGAAGUGGAGACCCUCACUGAAGACGCGAAGACACUCGCACAGAUAUCAGAGCAUGUCGCAGCAUUGCACUACCCACACACACCGCUGGAAGACCUCGUGAGGGAACUACUGUGCAGUGUUACACGUCAGCUGUCAGAGAGACAGAAUAGCGACACACAACUCUGUUUUAUGGAGAUUAGCGUUAACACGUCAAGUGGGUCUGAGAAUCUGACCAUCAUCUUCUCAAAGACGGAGAAAAGAAGCAAUUGGGAGGAGCUUAUAAUUGAGACCAAACAGAAACUUAGUGUGUAUGGUCACGAGCGACCAGCUCCUGAGUUUCUGUCGCCUGUGCCCAUACGGAAGACUCGCGCGGGACUUCAGUUCACUUGCGCAGCACCGACUCUACCUCCUAAGGGACAGUCGCCCGAUGUUUGGGUGUGCAACAGCGACGGCUACGUUGGACAAGUGUGCGUACUCACUUUGAGUCCGAACCCGCAAGUGACGAGCUGCAAUGGCGUGUGUAACGCGCGUAUACUGUGCGUCGCCUGCGUCCCGCCCGCACCACAUACUACCAUUGAUUUACCGCCCACAUCACAUAUAUCUGGGGCAAAUAAGCCAGGUAUUAGCAUUUCUGAUCCAGACGACAGCUGCAAGAAUAUAAGGCUUGACAGUUCUUCAUCGAGCGAUGAAGAAGACGAUGGGUCAUCAAGUGAGAACCAAGAUGCGCAAUCAGAGCGUAGUCACGAAUCUGGCAGUCUUCGUUAUGCCACCCGCACACUCACCCCGAACCAUAGUAAAAGUUUAAGCACGCCGCACACAGGGCAGAAUAUACAAGUACACCCCGUCAUGAAGAGUAAUUCCAAUCCAGCGGUCGAUAAACAGGCUAUGGGGAUUACUUCUGGCACCCUCUCGUCACCAGCCAGCCGUCAGUCCUCAGAGGACAGCAGCACAACUGCGAAUCAGCCCACAAUGUGGUUGGGAACUGAAGAUGGCUGCAUACACGUAUACAACUGCCUGGAUAAUAUACGAAUCAAGAAGAAUAAAGUCAAAUUGCAGCAUAAUUCAGGAGUUCAUUCCAUUGUAUACGUGGAGGGUAAAGUGUUCGUGGCGUUGGGCAAUGGCGAUCUCGUUGCGUAUUGUAGAGAUAUUGAAGGUUCCUGGGCAGAGCGAUCGACGAUCCAAGUGGGAACAGGUAGCACUCCCGUCAGCUCCAUGCUGCUAUCAGAAGGACGGUUAUGGUGCGCCACUCACUCCUCCAUCAAGAUCAUUAACCCGCACACUCUUCAGAUUGACGAAACAUUCCAAAUAAGUUCAGAGACGAAGCCGAUAAGUCACAUGGCGGUGUCGCACGGCGCAAUAUGGCUGUCGUUACACAACGCGGCGCAACUCAGGGGCUACAACGCCACCACGAGGGAACUCAUCUGCGAGAUCAAUAUAACGCCGCAUGUCACUAAGAUGCUGCAUGGUUGCGAUGACAUAAUCCGUCAGCAUAAGGCAGCGUGUCUUCGAGUAACUGCAUUAUUGGCGCAUCGGGACACUCUUUGGAUUGGAACUAGCGCUGGAGUACUUCUUACAGCACCGCUGCAUAACGUACCCUCGGCCAGAAGUGGUCUUACCCAGCCGCAUAUUACUGGUAUUCCAUACGGUCACACGGGCCACGUAAGAUUUUUGACAAUCGUAGAAAACCCCGUUCCCCAAAAGCCGACGAAGCCAACUCAAUUAAAAGCCAAAGGUCUAAGCCGCCGCUCAGCGAACGCAGAAAAGCUUCAGAAACAAGCCGAGAACAACAAGAACAAUAUGGAGACGCUGAUCAUUUCCGGGGGUGAUGGCUACGAGGACUUCAGGAGUUCCACCAUGACGGAAGACGCCGGAAGGGAGGAUUCCACCAACCACCUGCUUCUAUGGAGAGUCUGA